GCCGCCGCCGCGCACCGAGCGCUGCGAUGGGGCUGGAGACCGAGAAAGCAGACGUCCAGCUCUUCAUGGACGACGAUGCCUACAGCCGCCACAGCGGCGUCGACUACGCGGACCUGGAUAAGUUCGCGGACUCGGACUCCGACCGGGAUCCCCACCGGCUCAACUCGCAUCUCAAGGUGGGCUUCGAGGAUGUGAUUGCAGAGCCGGUGUCUACACACUCCUUUGACAAAGUGUGGAUUUGCAGCCAUGCCCUCUUUGAAAUCAGCAAAUACGUGAUCUAUAAGUUCCUGACGUUGUUCCUGGCGAUCCCCAUGGCCUUCGCUGCAGGAAUUCUCUUUGCCACCCUCAGCUGUCUGCACAUCUGGAUUAUAAUGCCUUUUGUAAAGACCUGCCUAAUGGUCCUGCCUUCAGUGCAGACAAUAUGGAAGAGUGUAACAGAUGUUGUCAUUGCCCCAUUGUGCACAAGUGUAGGACGCAGCUUCUCUUCUGUCAGCCUGCAACUGAGUCAUGACUGAACACUUGGACCCCAGGUCUGGAGAUUUGGAUACUGUAAUACUUCUUGGUUGUUAUAAUGUAAAAGCACUACUGUUCUGUUCUAAGCGUUCCCAACUGUUCUAAUUAAGAAAAUUUUUAAGAUUGGCAACCACAUUUAGAAAUGUUUAUUGGCAGAUCUUUUCAAAUAAUGCUUUUCUAAUUAAGAGUCAAGGAUUUCACUUCUAACUUUAGAGCCAGAAUUGUACAGUAAGUUGGCAACACUUAAUUUUAAACGCAGUUUUUACUUUAGUACAAAAGUAUACAUUUUAUAAUGAUGAAUUUAUAAAGAUCAAGGGACAUUUCUCAAACACUAUAAUAGUUUUGUGCACAACUGCUUGUAAAAAUAUGGAAUUUCUUAUUUUUUUACUCUGAAAGUAAUACUUUUAAAAUUACCUUUGCAGAUAAAGUCAUGGGAAUACUUACAAAAAAAAUAUACAAAGAUCCUAGAAAUUAUAGUAACAAAAGCAUGCAGUGGUGAUAGGCGCUAUCAAAUAUAAUAGGACAAAUAAAUGUGAAAAUAGAUAAUGAAUGUGUGUACCUUUAAAUAAGAUAUUGUUAACCUAC